AUGCAAGAGGACCUACCAGAUCAGCCACAGGAGACGGUUCCACCGGAACAACAAAGGUUGUUAAUUUCUCUCCACGAGCACAAUUUCAAGAACUGGAAGUUGGCCCAAGAAUCAAACCCGAACAACACGCGGCGGGUUAUGACCUUUCUUGCAUUAUGGAAGAUGUCCCACGACAGCUUUACAGUCAUCUUAGGCAAGGAGGAAGUACAGAAAGGCAGCUUGGGCUGGGAUCCGUAUGUGGAGGAAAAGAAACUCCUAGCGAAAACAAGCAAUGGCUACAUAGGUCUGAAUCAGAACCCUCUCGGAUUGAACCAACAAACACCUACCCAAGAAUUGAACAACCAACAGAACCACGAACCAGUUCAGUCGACAUCAUCAGCCGGACCAAUCCGCAACGACAAUCGUCGACAGAACAAUCAACCGUACAAGAAAGCGCCGCAAGCGGAAGAAGAUGCGGAGAACAUGCAUUCGAUGUUAGCCUUCAGCAAAGCCUAUUACCGAGCUGUGAAAGGAAUCAACAAGAAAGGCAAAGGGAAGAAACCGACUCACAACGGCCAAUCAUCCCAACAAUAA